AUGCACUUCUCCGCCCUCGCCCAGGCCCUCACGCUCGCCGCCCUAGCCUACGCUCCACUCAUUUCUGGCCACAGCGACUAUGGCCCUAGCUUGGCGAAGCGCUUCAUCCGUGGCCCGGCCAACGCAGCCACCCAUUACAUCGCCCAGAUCCGCGAUUACCAAGAUCGCCGGAGAGACGAGGUUGAGGCAAGAGAGAUCAAUGAAAUAAUUGCGAGGCAGCCGCUCAAGGCUAGACGUCCUCGACGCGGAGGAGGGGGAGGGGGUGGACGAGCCGGAGGAGCUGGUGGUACUGGAGGAGCUGGCAAUACCGCUGGAAGUAAUGUUGGUGGAAACGCUGGAGGCAAAGCCGGGGGCAAUGCUGUUGGAGGCAACGCCGCCAGCGCUGGUAAGGGCAACGCUGCCAAUGCUGGGAACGCUGGGAACGGAGGCAAAGCUGCCGCACAACAAGCCGUCGCUUCAAACACGACUGCCGCUGCCUGCAUUCGACGAUUGAAAGCACGGUUCCCGCACAAGAAAGGGAAAGCGGCGGCGGCGUGUGCGAGAGACCUGGGGAUGGCGAAUCUUUCGGCGUAG